UUCUCCACUCCCUGCAUUACCUGGAUGUGACGGUGUCAGAGCCCAGCCCAGGGAUCCCUCAAUACCUGUCCAUGGCAUACGUGUACGGGAUCCCCAUCUGCAGCUCCGACAGCGAGCGGGGCCGGGUGGAGCCGCUGACGCCAUGGAUGGCAGCCAGAGUGAAGAGAGGAUAUUGGGAUGGACAGACCCAGAUCGCUGAGGGGAAUCAGCUCACUGAUGCCGCCAACCUGGAGACAGUUGGGGGCUGGUACAACUGGAGUCUCCACACAAGGCAGCAGUGUUAUGGUUGCGACCUCCUGUCCGACAGGAGCAUCCGUGGAUCCUGUCGGGAAGCCUACAAUGGGCGGGAUUUCAUCUCCUUUGAGCUGGGAUCCAGGAGCUUUGUGGCAGUCGAUGGAGCUACCCAGAUCACCGAGAGGAAAUGGGAACACAGUGGGAUCAUGGUGGAGAGAAAAACACAUUACCUGGAGAACAUCUGUCCGGAAGCGCUCCAAAAAUUCGUCGGAUACGGGUGGGAGGUGCUGGAGCACAAAGAUCCCGAUGUCCAUGUGUCUGGGAAAGAGGAACACGGGAUCCUGACGUUGUCCUGCCACGCGUACGGAUUCUACCUCGGGAUGAUCAGGAUCAACUGGCUGAAGGGGGAUGAACUGCGGGAUCAGGAGACGGAGUGGGGCGAGAUCGUUCCCAACAGUGACGGCACCUUCCACAGCUGGACCAGGAUCGAGGCGCUGCCGGGGGAGCGGGAGCAGUACCGGUGCCGGGUGGAGCACGCCGGAAUGCUGGAGCCCGGGAUCUUCGCCUGGGAGCCGGAAUCCAUCUGGAAUUCCAGCCCACUGUUGGUGGCUGUGUCCGUCAUCGCUGCCAUGAUCAUCAUCGGCCUCAUGGGAGUCAGUGUCUGGAAGCUCUGA